UCAACAUUCAACUUCACUUGCCUUUUACGUGAAUAUACUAGUCAUGGCACGGAACAUGAAUAUAUCUUUCCUGGGCACCUCCAGCGGUGGUGGCCCUUCAAUUUCUCGCAACUGCUCUAGUCUUGUCGCAGACGUCAUCGGCGACGGUUCGCUAUGGAUGAUCGACUGUGCAGAAGGAACAGUACGACAAUUUCAGAUGCAGCAUCGCGGUCAAGGAGACCCAGUCCUUAAAGCGUUCAAAGUGGCCAAGUUAUUUGUCACUCAUAUGCAUGCCGACCAUGUAAUGGGAAUAAUCACUUUCCUUAGACAUGUCCUCCACCCGCCACUGAUAGCUUCCUCUGGCGACCUCCCACCCUCAGACGGUCCUCCACAAAUCGAACUUUACGGUCCUGCCGGCCUCCGUACAUUUGUUCGCUCAAUCUUUACCAUGACCCUCACCCACACAGGAGAGCGCUACGUAGUCCAUGAACUGCUAACAUCAUCCGACACGCCCACCUCAUGCGAUCCUGCCAUGCUUCAUCCGAGCGAAUGCCCUGGUCAGAAUUUCCUUUGUGAUGACAAUGGGUUCUGGAAAGGUGUCACAAGUGGUACGGGUUAUUACGGUGAAGUUGUAGUUGAUGCAGGGCCGAUAUUACAUCGAGACCCUUGCAUAGGUUAUGUCUUGCAUGAGCCUAAUCCUCCGCAUCGCAAACUUGUCAUUCUGGGUGAUACAUAUGACGCAUCACCGAUUAUCCCGCUUAUACAGCCUUCUGCAACUAUGCCCGUAUCACUCCUCAUUCAUGAAGCGACGGAUGCGUACAUCUCUCGCCAAAUUGACCCAUCAGCACGACGAACCAAAGACGAAGUGGAUAGCAAGGUUGCGGCAAGGGGUCACUCCACUCCGGUAAUGGCGGGCACAUUUGCGAAAAAAAUUGGAGCUCAGCAAGUCGUUCUGAAUCACAUUGGUAGCCGGUGAGUACAUUACAUACUCUGAGAUUGAUCUCCUUUAACUUGCUUCUACACUGUGGCAUCAUUCUUUUCAAACGUCAUCUUCACGCCCACUGUCUGCCUUGCUGCUCAUUUUCUCACUUAUAUCAGAUUUCCAGCUCCCAAACAACUCAAAAAUCCUCACGACUCCCGUUUCGCCGUCAUCGCCGAAAUUGAACGACAAGCGAGCGAAGCGUGGGGAGGUGGUGAAGCCGUUGUCGCAUAUGACUUCAUGCGUGUAUCUAUUGCUGCUGAUCUGAAUGAGGAAGAAUUUUCGGAUGUAGCAAUGGAUUUGGAGGAUGGGGUAGUAUCACUAGAAGGAGUGGGUGAGGUGGGUGAGAUGGCGAGAGGAAGCGGGCGUGGGAGAGGAAGAGGAAGAGGAGGAGGAGGGAUGCCCAGAGGAAUGAGCCGUGGAAGAUGGAGAGGUCCGCAGUGGAGGGGACGG